CUUUAGUGGGUACACUCUGUGCAAUACAGUGAUGUGACCCCACUAGAAAAGCCUUCCGAAAACAUCGAGAUUAAGAUAUUAAUGUUACUGGGAGCCAAAAGAAGCGAUUGUUUCCGUUAUGGGCGUUUGAAGGAAACACUGAAAUCAGUGAAGUCAUCCAACGGCGCCUCCCAUUUGAACAGCAAAGACGCCCGUGAUCGCACACUUAAUAUCGCAACUUUGCUCGUAGGAUGUGACUGUACAGCGCGUUUGAUCUGGGGGAGAGGGGGGGACUAUCCGGACAAUCCACAUUCACUUCCUGGACUAUAUUUGCGUUUUUAACUAUAUCUACAUGCAUCCUGGAGAGCAGUAUGGGCAGUUCAGAAAUCAGAGAGCAAAGGCAUGAGUGAAGAUGACCUUAAAAGCAGCCAAAACAUGGUUUUUAAGACUCAUCCCGGUUGUGCUUUUCUUCAUCUGUUACUAUUGCUCCCAGUUCUACUUUGAGAGAUAUGGAGGCAGCGGAAAGUCCCCUCAGCCUACUGUUUCUCUAUGUCACAAUUAUCGCUUGCAGAGGAAGUGGGAGAGUCUUAAACUGAACAUGAGCCGAAAGACUGAGCUCUUUCUAAAGCUGAAGGAUUUCUUCUGGAAGGAACAUCUGUCGACUGCAGCUCUGCCCUAUGGUAUUAAAGGCAGCGAGAAGUUUCUUCUUAAGGUGUUGGCAGUGACUUCCAGCUACAAAAUGCCAGCAAACAUUGAGAGCAGUUUAGAUUGCAGGACGUGUGCAGUCAUUGGAAACGGCUUUUCCAUAAAAAACAGUUCACUGGGGGAGAUCAUUAACAAGUACGACGUGGUGAUCAGGCUGAAUGACGCUCCAGUGAGAGGCUAUGAGGAGGAUGUGGGUAACAAGACAACAUUACGUCUGUUUUACCCUGAAUCCGCCUCCUAUAAUCCGGGUAUCCACAAUGACCCAGACACCCUGAUGGUCCUGGUUCCUUUCAAGCUGGAGGACCUCCGUUGGCUAAAAGAGAUCCUGUAUGAUGAGAAGAGGAUUCGAAAGGGUUUCUGGAAGCCUCCUCCCCAGAUCUGGCUUGGCCAGGCCGGACAGAUACGUGUCCUGGACCCGUAUUUCCUUCGCCUAACAGCCAGUGAGCUGCUUCAAAUUCCCCUGCAACCGCGCCGACAACAGAAACCAGUCCAUCCCACCACUGGCAUUCUGGCAGUAUUUGUGGCACUAAACUACUGUGACGUUGUGCAUGUGGCUGGAUUCGGAUAUCCAGAGUUUAGGAACCAGAAAGAGCCUAUCCACUACUACGGAAAAGAGACAAUGAAAUCCAUGAAGAAUUCCUACCAUGAUCUCAAUCAAGAGGCUAAAGUGCUUAAGAAACUGGAAGACCAGGGGGCCAUUUUAUAUCUUCAUCGUCAUUCCUGACACCCAACAUGAAAACAUAUAAAUAAAAACGGAGAUGAACGCAUGUAAAUACAGCACUACAGAUAACAUUUUUAUUUUCGGACUGAACUGAAAUAUCUAGUCCUCACACUGCAGAGCUGUUACUAGUUUCUGCAUUUCUGCGUGAUUUUUUUUUUUUUUUUACCUCAAGUAUUUAUAAUGAAUAAAUAUUUUCUGCUUAUUUUUUGUUUCCUUUUGGGAACUUUUUAGAAAAAUAUCACCACUGGAUAUGUUGUGAACAUCUUAAGUAUUUAAUAAAAUGAAGUGAAAUGCAUCUUGUUUUUGGUUGACAAUUUGCUUACUAUAGGCAGAUCUCAUAAGAUCUCAAUUGUUUUUUAUAGGCAAAAUUUAAUAGAGAACAAAUGAAGAUCAUCUCCUAGUAAUCUCAGAUGUUUCCCCUCUGGAGGUUCAGAAGAGAUGUCUCAAAUUGUGUUCAGAUUUGUCAAGAGAUCUCAAUAUGAUCUCUCUUUAAAAUCCACAGUAAUACAGCUCUGUACUUCUACUGUAGGAAAGUACUGUGAUUAGUUUUAUUAAAAAUAAGGAAUUUUAUGAGAAACAUCAAAACGGAAUUGAAACAAAAUUGAAACUGAGAACUCUGUUAAGUCUGCAAAUCUAUACUAAAACUAAAAAAUGUUACAAGGAAUUGGUAUUCAGAUUACAAUCAAUUUACUCAAGUACCACCAAUACCUGAACCACAAAACCAGUCGUAAGGGUACAUUUUUUAAAAUUGCGAUUUAUAUCAUCUGAAAGCUGAAUAAAUAAGCUUUGUUAGGAUAGUACAAUGUUUGGCUGAGAUAUUUAAAAAAUCUGGAAUCUGAGGAUGCAAAAAAAAAAAAUAUAUAUAUAUAUAUAGAGAGAGAGAGAGAGAGAGAGAGAGAGAGAUUCACAAGUUUCCAAUUUAAGUUCUUAGCAAUGCAUAUUACUAAUCAAAAAUUACGUUUUGAUAUAUUUAUGGUAAGACAUUUUACAAAAAUAUCCACAUGAUCUUUACUUAAUAUCCUUAUGAUUUUUGACAUAAAAGAAAAAUAGAUAAUUUUGACCCAUACAAUGUAUUGUUGGCUGUUUCUACAAAUGUACCUGUACGACUUAUGACUGUUUUUUUGGUCCAUGGUCACACAUAAAAAAUAACUGCAACAACAGAAAACGUUAUCUGUACAUGCCUGAGAAAAAAUAUAAUAUUCUAAAUGCAAAAAUAGCAAACAGAGUAAAAAAAAAAAAAAGAACAAAAUAUUAUAAUUUAUAUUUAUCAACUACUGUAAAUCUACCAAAAUAUCAUCUUUUUUAUUUUGAAUUUUUGACAGAGCUUUUAUUUUAGAUAAUCAAAUUAUUUAAAAAAAAAAAAAAAACUACAAA